AUGCCAACCAUGCAGUAUUCGGGACCGUCACCCGUGUCGCCCCCGCGAAGAUGGGCUGCGCGCCCACGCACGCCCCAUUUCCCGUCAGGCUCGUUCGUAACGCCUGGACAGCGACGCCCUGUGUCCCCACCGUCUCCCUCUGAGCGCCUUCUAUUGCGCCGGCAAGCGAAGGAGUUGGCGGCAAGCCGACCAAGCCUUCCAUCACACCCAGUCGUCCCAUGUGAAGGUCGUGAUGCUGAUGGUGCGGAUGAGGGGUCUGGGGAAGAGAGCGACGGUUUUGAAAUCAUAGGCAGUAAUCCUGUUCGUCGAUCGCCUCCUCCGCCGCUGCCACCACCGGCGAAACGGCUUCUACAUCGACUAUCUCGGCCUCAGCCAACUCAUGUGCAGCGGCAUUAUCACCAGUUUCAUCCCCCACAGCCACCGCAUCCAAGGCAUCAGCCGAAUCCCCUGGAACCACCACCGCCCAUGCAGAUGCCGAGAGUCUAUCCGACUGCUACCCAAGGCACCACUUAUAAGAGAGACGCAGUCUGUGACUUCAAUACCUUUGGCAUGCGGCCGGGGCACAUGCAAAUGCUGGCCUACGGCGGCAUGGGCAGCUUCGCGGAGUCGGCUCCGAUCCUCCCCAGGCUGCCAACUGCGCGAAACCAAAGCCAGGAGCAACCGUCUCUUACCAGCCAUUCUCAGACUGAGGUGCAGCACAUGCUCGGCCUUCCCCAGGAGACGUAUAUUCGUGCGCAAUUUUCAGCCACCUCUCGUUCGCGUCCACCUGGGAAUAGGAAUGAUGUUGGGGAUGGGUAUGUAUGA